GUAGUGUCAUGAUUCUUUCAUAACACCACCACCUAAUAUACUAAUUUUAAAGACCUCUUCUCUUCUCUUCCUCAGUUCCUCUCAAAACAUACAUAAUUCGUGUUUUUUCCAUUUCAGUCCUUUCCAUCCCCAUUCACGAAGAAACCCACAGACCUGUUCCAGAGAUCAUCACGAGUUAACCGUCGCUGUUCUCCACUAAUCCAAUCAGCCUCUCCGCCCCGCUCUCUCUGCAUUUCUAGGGUUUUCUUCAUUAGCUCCACCUGAAUCAGAAAAUUCUCCAGUGGUUUUGUGAUUGUUUUCGUGGGACUCUGGGCAUUUUUCAAAGAAUGAGUCUUCGUUAGUUUGGGAGUAGUUUUGAAUUUGAAUUUGAUUUUGAGAUAAAUAAGGUGGUUUGUGUUUUGAUUGUAGAGAUGAGUGUGGUUGGGUUUGAUAUUGGGAACGAGAAUUGUGUAAUUUCUGCUGCAAAACACCGGGGAAUUGACGUUUUAUUGAAUGAAGAAUCCAAUCGUGAAACACCAGCUGUGGUGUCGUUUGGUGAGAAACAGCGGUUCAUGGGAGCAGCUGGGGUUGCUUCAGCGAUGAUGCACCCUAAAUCUACAAUAUCUCAAGUUAAGAGAUUGAUUGGUUUGAAUUUCAGUGAGCCAGAUAUUCAAAAUGAACUCCGGGUUUUUCCUUUCAAGACUUCAGAAGGUCCGGAUGGUGGGAUUUUGAUUCAUCUACAAUAUUUGAGUGAGAGCCUGACACUAACUCCGAUUCAGAUAUUGGCAAUGCUCUUCUCGCAUUUGAAAGAGAUAGCAGAGAAAAAUCUGGAAACAGCUGUUUCAGACUGUGUGAUUGGUAUUCCGUCGUAUUUCUCAGAUUUGCAGAGACAUGCUUAUUUGAAUGCUGCAGAGAUAGCUGGAUUGAAAACAUUAAGAUUGAUGCAUGAUGGUACUGCCACGGCUCUUGGGUACGGGAUUUACAGGACGGAUUCAUCUGAAUCCGGUCCUACUCAUGUUGUUUUUAUUGACAUAGGUCAUUGUGACACUCAAGUUACAGUUGCAUCCUUUGAGGCUGGCCAGAUGAAGAUUUUAUCUCAUGCGUUUGACAAAAGCUUGGGUGGUAGAGACUUUGAUGAGGUUUUGUUCAAUUAUUUCGCUGUACAGUUUAAGGAGCAGUACCACAUCGAUGUCUAUUCUAAUGCGAGGGCUUGUAUUAGACUUAGGACAGCGUGUGAGAAGCUAAAGAAGGUCCUAAGUGCAAAUGCUGAGGCUCCUCUGAAUAUUGAGUGCUUAAUGGAUGAGAAGGAUGUGAAAGGUUUUAUUAAGAGAGAAGAGUUUGAAAAGCUGUCGAUGGGUUUGUUGGAGAGGAUGAGGCUCCCUUGUAAUAAAGCUUUGGUGGAUGCUGGUCUGACGCUAGACAUGAUCAAUUCGGUUGAGCUUGUUGGAUCUGGGUCUCGGGUACCAGCUAUUACGCGAAUGCUGACUUCUUUCUUUAACAGAGAGCCUCGCAGAACGCUGAAUGCAAGCGAAUGUGUUGCGCGUGGAUGUGCUCUUCAGUGUGCUAUGCUUAGUCCAACAUUCAGAGUUAGAGAUUAUGAGGUUCAAGAUUCAUUUCCUUUUUCCAUUGGAUUCUCAACGGAGGAAGGUCCUGUUUGCACUCUGUCAAAUGGGAUGCUGUUCCCCAAAGGUCAACCAGUUCCAAGUAUGAAAGUUUUAACUGUUCAUCGAUCUAGCACAUUUCGACUGGAAGCAUUCUAUGCUGAUCAAAAUGAAUUACCUUCUGGUGUUUCUCCUCAAAUUAGCUGUUUCACGAUUGGCCCUUUCCAAGUUUCCCAUACCGAAAAAGCUAAAGUUAAAGUCAGGGUUCAGUUAAAUAUUCAUGGGAUUGUUUCUUUAGAAUCAGCAUGCUUGGUAGAGGAACAGGUAGACGAUUCUGCCACCAGAGGCAACAGGCAUUCGAGCGUAGACAAGGUGGAACCUGGCAAUACUUCUCGAGUUUCUUCUGAUGCUGUACAUAGUCAUGCUGAAGAUGGUAGCUCGCUGCAGCCUGAAUCUUCACCUAUGUCCUCUAGUGACGGGACUAGGAAAAAAAGGUCAUCUAGACGGCUUGAGAUACCAGUUAGUGAGAACGUGUAUGGUGGGAUGACCAAGGCUGAUGUAUUGAAAGCUCAAGAAAGAGAAGUUCAACUGACACAGCAGGAUAGAAUCAUGGAACAAACGAAAGACAGGAAAAACGCCCUGGAAUCUUAUGUUUAUGACACCCGUAAUAAGCUUUUCAAUACGUAUAAGAGCUUCGCAACAGAUUCAGAGCGAGAAGGGAUCUCUACAAACUUACAGCAGACAGAGGAAUGGCUGUACGAGGAUGGGGAUGAUGAGUCUGAAAGAGUAUAUACUGGAAAACUGGAGGAUCUUAAAAAGUUGGUGGAUCCUAUUGAAAGUCGAUACAAGGAUGAAGAAGCUAGAGCCCAGGCUACAAGGGAUUUGUUGAAGUGCAUUGUGGAGUACAGGAUGGCUGUCAAGUCACUUCCUACUUGUGAUAGAGAUGUGGUCAUUAAUGAGUGCAACAAAGCAGAGCAGUGGCUCAGGGAUAGAACUCAACAGCAGGAUUCGUUACCCAAGAACACCGAUCCGCUACUGUGGUCAAAUGAAAUCAAGGCAAAGGCAGAGGCUCUAGACAUGACGUGUAAACACAUUCUGAGAUCAAAGGCUUCCCCUCCAAGGCCAGAAGACAACCAAGGCCCGGAUGUACCACAUACAGCUGAUAACAUGCACACGGAUUAAGGUGGUGGUGCCACCACUCUUCCCUUAGUAAAUUCUCUUGCCCUUUUCCGUUGACAUAAAUACUAGUGAUUGUUACAUUCAUAUUUUUGUAAACACUGUUGAGAUAAAACACUAACCAGUUGAUAUUGAUAUUUCACCUGCGGUUGCUUGUUUGAAAUCAAGAUUUUGGCCUUGCUAUGGCUCUUUAUAUGAUGCAGGAAAUGUACAUGCCUGUUGUUAGAAUCAUAUCAUUGAGGGCAAUUAGUCUAUCAAUAAAAUUUUUCUCUUUUUGGGCA